GACCCACCUCUGUCGUUGGACGAACUAGAGAAAGCGAACCAAAAUUUUGCCGAACAAAUCAAAAAUGCGAGUAGUGCGGAGGAAAUUAAAAAUAUUAAAAAUUCGGUCUCUAAUAAUAUCAACCAGGGGCGAAGUAAUAAAAUAGUUGUUAAUUUAAUUAACCAGGCCAAACAGGCUCGGACUGAGGAGGAAAAAUCGGCCGUGCGGCAAAAAAUUUCCGAAUUGGAAAAUAGUGGGGAAAUACCAAAUACUAAUUCGCCCUCCUCCGACAACAAAGAACCCAACAACCAUUUACCAUUAAUUAUUUUUCUAGUAGUGGUGAUUGGUGGAAUAGCGAUUAUUGCUAGUUGA